ACGUAACAAUGAAGUCUUUGAUUUUCUUAAUCAUCAACGUUGCCAUAACUUUGGCUAUGCCAACGCAUUACCAGUAUCACGGACCACCGGCGCCCAUAGGCCAUGAUGGCAGGGUCAUGGACACGCCGGAAGUAGCACAUGCCAAAGCGGCGCAUUUAGCUGCCGUAGCGGAAGCUGUCGCGAAGAUUCCGCAUAGCGUGGCUUCCUAUGCGGAAAAUCAGAACUAUCACGGAUAUGCAAACCCCGUAUCAGUUGACCAUCAAAUAUAUCACAGCGGAUACGGAUAUCACGGGCCGCCUGCCCCGUUAGAUCAUGAUGGUCGCGUAACAGACACACCGGAAGUGGCCCGAGCAAAAGCCGCGCAUCUAGCGGCUUACAAUUACAUAGCUUCCUCGACACCUGUCGCGUAUGAUCAUUCACAAAUUUACAAGCCACCGGUUUACAAUCAUGACGGCUAUUAUGAUGGCGGCUCGUUAAGUCAGUCUCACGAUGACAGAGAGAUUAAUGAUUACUAA